AUGGCGCAACUUCUUCGGGCUGCAGCCAAUGGCGAUCUCGAGAAAGUGACUGAGUUGCGCAGUAGUUGGGCGUUCCAGAACAAGAAGGGCGAGUCAGUGCUGCAUGUGGCUGUAGCCGAAGAUCAACUGGACAUCGUGCAGCAUCUCGUGGCCAAUGGUGCGAUGCUCAAUCUGCAGGACAAGAAGCACUGCUUUACGCCGCUGAUGCUGGCGCUGGCCCAGCAACCACCAAGGUUCAAGGAAAUCAUUGAGGCACUGCUGAAGGGCAAACCCGACUUGAACCUGCACAACUCGUCGGGUCAGACGGCUGUACAUUUGGCAGCAGAGUACGAAGAGCUGGAGAUUCUCAAGCUGCUGCUGGGCUCGAAAGCCAAAGUGGAUGCUGCUGACAAUGAGAACAUGACAGCACUCCAUGUCGCGGUUGGAAAGGGGAAUCUUGACAUCGUCCGGCUCCUGCUUGAAACAGGCCGUGCGAAUGUGAACGUUGUGGACAGCAAGGGCAACACACCACUGCACUGGGCAUGUAUCAAGAUUUGUGACGACCAGCUCGAGUUGAUCAACUACUUGAUCUCGAAGGGUGCAAAGCCUCUCAAGAAUGUGCACGGACACACGCCUCUGCACUCGGAGGCGAUGCACUGUGACCCGACUACGGAUUGGCCUACUGCAGCCGCAGAGGUACUGACGACUGUGUUCCCAGAUCUGGUAGCUGAGACCAGCAACAGGGGCUUGACCGCCCGGCAGACUUUUGAGCAGGGCAUUGACUCAGAAGAGCCAGUGAAGCCGUCUCUGGCCAAGUCGUCCAAUGAGGAACGACACCAAGAACGCCGCGGCAAGAGUGACGAUGAUGAGAAGUACCAGGACGGUGCUGCCGCUGCACGAGCUGCCGCCAUUGCCCAUUCCAAGAAGAAAAAGACCCCGAAGACCAGCAAGGAAGGCAGCAGCAUGGCUCCGUAUAUGUGGGCCGCUUUGGCCUUCGCCAUUCUGGCUGUCUUGAACGCCGUGUUUCCAUCGCACUCGUAA